AUGCAAGGAAAAUUUACGCUGUUCCAGAAGAACAACUACAAAGGCUCAGGGGGAAUAAGCGAAAGAGAGAAAGUCGAAAUGGUGACAGUAGUGCCCUUCCAGAGGUGUUGGACCAAAUUGAGGAGAGGAAACAAGUACACAACUGUCAGCCUCAGCGAAGACCAGGCUGCUGCUGUAAAAGCAGCCUUUUCUUGUGUCAUUUGUAGAGACCCCAUGAAGGAUCCAAUGUUUGCAAGCUGUUGUACCACCGUACUUGGAUGCAGAGCCUGUUUGGAUCAGUGGCAGGAUGGUCAUGCACACUGUCCCAAGUGUCGGACCGAUGAUUUUUCUUUCCACAUCCAGUCUGUUGUGGGGCUGGACGAUGCCCUCACAGCACUUCACAAUAUUAUUUCCUGA